AUGGAAAAAUUGCCUCUCUCUCUCUCUCUCUCUCUGUCUCGCAUUCACUUCAUCUUGCUUCUGGGCAGCUUGAAUCUUCAAGAACAUGAGCUGCAGCUAACAAGAACUCCUCCCAAUCGUCCAGCCAAGCACUUUGUCAACGAGCCUCUGGCCCUCGUCAAUGCCGCCCUCCGCUCGGCCACAUACACCAACCCCUCCGUCGCCUUUGACGCCGCGCAAAAGACCGUCUUCCUCCGCGAUGCUGCUUCCCAGCCCACCAUCGCCCUCAUCUCCGGAGGCGGCUCGGGCCACGAGCCGUCCUUUGCGGGCUUUGUCGGCAAGGGCUUCCUGACUGCCGCCGUUGCGGGCUCCGUCUUCGCCUCACCGUCUGCAGAGCAGGUCUUCCGCGCAAUCCGUCGCGUGGGCGCAGAGCAGCCCCAGCGAGGCGUCCUGGUGCUCAUCAUGAACUACACUGGCGACAUGCUGCACUUUGGCAUGGCAGUGGAAAAGGCCCGCGCCGAGGGCAUCAAGACUGAGCUCCUGGUUGUGGGCGAUGAUGUUGGCGUUGGCCGGAAGCGUGGAGGGCGCAUUGGCAGGAGAGGUCUGGCUGGAACGGUUCUCGUGCAGAAGAUUGCCGCCGCUGCUGCUGCUCAGGGCCAAUCCCUCGAGCAGGUCUCUCAAAUUGCAAGCCUUGCUUCUGAGAAUCUUGCCACUGUCGGCGCCUCUCUAUCUCAUGUUCAUGUGCCUGGUCGCGAAAUCACGCCUGACGAGCUCGGAGAUGAGAUUGAAAUCGGCAUGGGCAUCCACAACGAGGAGGGCUUCGCACGUGUCAAGACGACCCUGAAGGGCCUCGUCGAGACUAUGCUCAAGCAGCUCCUCGAUCAGUCCGACAGUGACCGCGCUUACAUCAACGUCAAGUCCGGCGAUGAAGUUGUCGUCAUGGUGAACAACCUUGGCGGUAUCAGCCCUCUUGAGCUUGGCGCCAUCACGACAGAGGUCAUCGACCAGCUCGAUGCCUCCUAUCAGAUCAAGCCCGCAAGGUUACUCAGCGGCACUUAUAUGACCAGCUUAAACGGCCUCGGAUUCAGCAUUACCAUUCUCAAGGCGACGGACAAGGCCAUCUUGCCCCUAAUCGAUGCUCCUGCCGACGCUGCUGGCUGGUCACCGGCAGUCAGUCCCGAGAACUGGGCCCGAGGCAUUGACACCACCAAGUCCGAGAUCAAAGAAGACGCCCCAACUGCGGACGACUCAGCCCCCAGCAACCUUGAUCUGGACGCUGCUUUCACAACUGCCAAGCUGCGGUCAGCACUCAAGAGCCUAAUCGCCGCCGAGCACGAAAUCACCAAAUUCGACACCAUUGUCGGAGACGGCGACUGCGGACUCUGCCUCAAAACGGGUGCCGAGGCCGUGCUCAAGCACCUCGAUGCCAUCUCUUCUUCGUCUUCUUCUUCUUCAGCAGCAGCAGCAGCAGGAGGAGACCUCGACAUUGUCCACUUCGUCCGAAACAUAGCCCAGGUCAUCGAGUCAAACAUGGACGGCACUUCGGGCGCCCUCUACGCCAUCUUCGUCAACGCCCUGGCUUCCGGCCUCCAGAGCCAGUCGUCAUCUUCCUCCUCCUCCAGCAGCAGCAGCCAACAAAAGACCGCCGUUACCGCAAAGACGUGGGCGACUGCUCUCCAGGCAGCCGUCAAGAGCUUGGCCAGGUACACGCCCGCUCAGCCCGGUGAUCGCACCGUCGUGGAUGCGCUGGUGCCCUUUGUCGACACCCUCGCCGAGACGCUCGAUGUCGGCAAGGCUGUCGCAGCGGCGAGGAAAGGCUCGGACUCGACAAAGGGCAUGGAGGCUAGCUUGGGCCGAUCAGUCUAUGUCAAUGCCGAGGGAUGGAGCGAGUGCCCUGAUCCGGGCGCCCAUGGUCUCGUCAAGCUGUUGGAGGGCUUCCUGGUGUAG